GAGUCAUGGGAAAUGAAAAAAUGUUGAAUUUGCCUCUAGCCUUUCCUAACAAUCUUAGAAAACACUGAGGGAAAAUUUGAUAGAUUCAUUUGUAAACAUUCAGAUUUGAAGACUUCUGCUCCGAUUUCAACAUCACCGUAUAAAAGAAAUAAUGUUUCUGCUUCUCAAACAAAGCUGUUGGAGAAUGUGCACCAUCAAAAUAAGGGAAUAAAUAAAGGAGGAAGAAGACCCUGGGUUCAGGAAUAAGAAUGGAUUGGUUUCACUGCAACCAGUGUUUCCGAAAAGAUGGGGCCCAUUUCUUUGUCACUAGCUGCGGCCAUAUUUUCUGCAAAAAGUGUGUGACUCUGGAAAAAUGUGCUGUUUGUGGAACUGCCUGCAAGCAUCUGGCUCUUUCUGAUAAUCUGAAGCCUCAGGAGAAGAUGUUUUUCAAAAGUCCUGUGGAGACAGCUUUGCAGUAUUUUAGUCACAUCUCUCAGGUGUGGAAUUUCCAGAAGAAACAAACAGAUCUCCUCAUCGCCUUUUAUAAGCAUAGAAUUACAAAGUUAGAAACAGCCAUGCAGGAGGCACAGCAAGCACUGGUCAGCCAGGACAAAGAAUUGUCAGUCUUAAGGAAGGAGAAUGGAGAACUAAAGAAAUUUCUAGCCAUUCUAAAGGAAUCUCCAAGUCGGUACCAAGGAAGCAGGUCAAACACACCUCGACCAGUGGGUAUUACUUCCCCAUCACAAUCAGUUACCCCACGACCCAGUUUCCAGCAUAGCAGUCAAGUGGUCAGUCGAUCCUCCUCAGCAGAAUCUAUUCCUUAUAGAGAGGCUGGCUUUGGUAGCUUGGGACAAGGAGGCAGAGGUCUGCAGGGAAGGAGAACUCCCAGAGACUCUUAUAAUGAAACCCCUUCACCAGCUUCAACUCACAGCCUAUCUUAUAGACCUUCAUCUGCCUCCUCUGGACAGGGGAUUUUUUCUUUCAGACCAUCCCCAAAUGGGCAUUCAGGCCACACAAGAGUCCUCACCCCCAACAAUUUUGCUCAGAGGGAGAGCAGAACUACACUAGAGAGUCUUCCUAGUUUCCAGCUACCAGUCCUGCAGACUCUCUACCAACAACAGCGGCAGAUGGGAUUACCCAGUGGGAGAGAAGCAUGGACCACUUCCAGAUAGAUCAUCUUCAAGGUCUGAUCUAUACAUGCUGCUGAAGGAUGGACUGUAGCUUCCAGUACCCAUUAGGGGUGAUGGCCCUGGAAAAUGUAUCCCUGCAUUGUUUCCUAGUUUCACUCUGUACCUUAUGCUCCCUCCAUCUUUACCCUAUUCACCCUUAUCACCUCCCAGGACAGUGGUCAGGUCUUACAAAAGGCUAGUGCUUCAGGAAGAUGUUUAUAUCUCUUCCAGAAGACAUUGGUAGCUCCCCUCAUUUCCUACAAUUUGAAACAAAGGUCAUAAAAAUAAUUCUUGGCACCAUGCUUGGUUGGGAGUUGGGAGUUGGGAAUGGGGAUUGUGAUGGAUCAUAUACUCAUCACUGUUUCAUUUCUGGAUUUCAUUUUUAGCUUUGGAUAUACUGUCCCAUUGCCAAUGUUAACGAGCAACAUCUCUGUUCUUUUCCUUAUUAUACUUUUUCUAUUUGUCUAUUAUUCCCUCUAUGCCUAGUUACUAUUAAAUGUUAAUUUUCCUUUCUAUUGAAAACAACUGUUGGAGACACUGAUUUUCAGCUUAGUAUAUAGACAGUAAAAUUAAGACGAUGCCCUUUUAUUGCUACAA